UUUCCUUCUCCACAGUGCUCAGUAAGUAUUUAAUAAAUGAAUUAUUUAGAAAAUCAGCCCAUAUAUAUGAGGAUUGAUUGAUUGAUGUUUCCAUCUUUAGAGUCACUUUUUAUUGAGUUUCUUUCUAAUAUGUAGAGCAAGUAGGUUUAAAACAAAACGACUGGACCUGUCUCUGACCUACGGUGUUCUGAUGUGGUGCUGGCUCUCUCCCUUCCGGCAGACGGUCUGUCACAGUUUCCUGGUCGUCCCCGUCCGAAGCCAGAGCUUUGACGUCCUGCAGAGUGCCAUCAGUAAGCAUUUGGUCGGGCUGACUGUGAUCCCCGACAGCACGGCCGGCUGUGUCUUGGGCGUCGUCUGUAAGCUCCUGGAUCACACGUGUGUCCUGAGUGAGGCCCUGCUGCCCUUCCUGGCUUCUUGUUGCUACAGUCUGCUCUAUUUUCUGCUUACUUUAGAGAAAGGAGAAGCAGAACACCUAAGAAAAAGGGACAGGCUCUGGGGGGUCUGCGUGUCCGUCCUGGCCCUCCUGCCCCGAGUCCUCAGGCUGAUGCUGCAGAGCCUGCGGGUGAGCAGGGCUGGGCCUGAGGAGCUGCCUGUUGUGGGCCAGCUGCUCCGCCUGCUGCUGCAGCACGCGCCCCUCAGGACGCACAUGCUGACCAACGCCAUCCUGGUGCAGCAGAUCAUCAAGAAUAUCACGACACUGAGGAGCGGCGGUGAGCAGGAGCAGUGGCUCACGGACUUGCACUACUGCUUCAACGUGUGCGUCGCGGGGCAUCCCCAGGGCCCCCGCGCCCUGAGCGCGGUGUACUGAGAGCCCCUGCAGCGCUCUGUCGGAGACUGUGCACUCACGUCUGAUUUUGAAGAGACUGGUGUAAUAGAUGUUUGUCAUUAAAGCUGAACUUUUAAAGAA